AUGGCAGAGCUGAGUAGCCAGGAUGUGGUGAAUCAUUCUCAGUCGGUUGGCGACGUCUUGCCUUCCGACGUCCCUGUGACCACAUCUCAACCCACAUCCCUUUCAGGAGACGGAAGGGAAGUUGCUGAAGUGAAGGAGAAUGGUGUACACCUCAACUCGAAUCUUUCUGCCCAAGAUGACCAGGUUUUGGAAGACAGCACCGCUCGGUCUGACACAGACACUAGUCGCGCCGAUGGGGAGGCAAAGUCAACCGAUGCCCGGCCUGUGAAGAAGUUUGCUACUGCAAAGCCUGUGAGCUUCGCUAAAUACAAUGUACCAAAGGUCAUAGCCGCAAACGUGGCAAAGGCGCAAGCCGAUAAAGCUACGCUCUCGACCGCUCCUGCACCACAACCGACUCUCGCUGGCCGUCCUCGUUUAGUCGCAAAGACCACAGCUUCUCUAUCCCAGAAACCCAAGCCUUUCAAAUCCGCUGCUCCCGAUCCGAUGCAGGUCUGGAAUAAGAACAGAAUUACACCCCAGCCAAGCACCAAAAAUCUGACGGACGAAGAGCUCAAACAACAAUAUGGUAUUCAUCUAACGUCUAGACUCCAGGCAGAUGAAGAUGGGAAAGAAGCAAAAUGGGCUGACAUCGACGACGACGACGAAGAUGAUUGGGCUCCAGAUACUAUUGAAUGGAAUGACGGCACCAAGAGCACUGUGCAUCCUGACCAAGCCCCAGCAACCAAAUCCGCUACAACCUCCAAACCCUCAACGCCUGCAGCAGAAGCCCCCAGACCAAUACUUGAGACGAAACCCUCGGCGACCUUCUCUACUUCUAUCGGACCUAAUGCGACCGUGCUGAAGCUUGGAGCAAGAGCAGAAACUCAACAACAAGCACAGAAGGUAGCUCAACAGCUCAAAGGCUCGAACGACAAGUCCAAUACAUCCUCUUCUAAUACCCCUGCACCUGUACCCGCGAAAUCACCAUGGGCAAAACUUCCUCCCGUGGAAAAGGCUUCUCCGGUUGAAAUCAUGCCGUUGCCAGUUAUGUCUUCUCACCCAGUACCCUAUUCUGCAGGACCGCCUCACGCUUUGGCUCGCCCAGCUCGAGAAAUCUCUGCAGAUGACUUCAAUCGUUCAGGUCGGGACUUGACACAACCCCAAUUGUUCAUGCCCAAUUCCGGCCGCUAUGAGUCUGUUCCUGAAAAGAGUCGGCGCAUGUCCCGCAACGAUCAAGGCUUUCGUCCACCAGCCCUCCUGCAGAGACCCGGUCAAGCUGAUCCGUCUGCUCCUGAGCCGUCUCCUGCUUUCCAGACUCACAGAACUAGCUUCGAUGUAAUACGAAGACGUGCCUCCUCUACUUUGUCUGGAGAGGCUGCGCAGAUGGCUCGUAGGAUGUCCAUCAAGUCUGGCGAAACUCCUGUAUCGAUUGGUGAUUCUGCUAUCGCCGAGGGAACAGAAAGUCCCACUGUACCAAAACCUUCCCAACCUGCAACGCCAGCUUUUCAAGCGAGAGGUGGAGAUUAUAUGUCCGGUCCAGGUCAGACAGAUGCAGAGUUGGAAGCUCAACGAGCACAACAAAGACGACUCAUGAAAGAGCAGGCAGAGCUUGCUAGGAGACGUCGACUCGAGGAUGAGGCACGCCAAGAAGCUGAGAAACAGGAAAGAAUUCGCCAGAAACUAGCCUCGCUAGGACCUGAUCCAAAGACUCUCAAAGCCGAGCAAGAUGCCAAGGCGAAAGCAGAAGCGGAGGCCAAUGCCAAGUCUGUUGAGAAUGACAAAGCUUCUGGUGUUGCAACAAAGGAAAGGCUAGUGCCAGAACGAACAGUGCCCUCCCCUCCGAAACCACCGCAGCCUACUGCCACUGGUGAGCCACAGCAGUAUGGUAUGAUGAAGGUCCAUCCUCUUGAUAGCCUCAAGAAGAACAUCUCUCCUACCGCACAACAGCCGAACGCAAAGCCGUUGGCCAACGUGCAAACCCUUCAGCCUGCUGUAGACGAGGUUUCACCUGAGCCUCCUGCUGCUAGCACAAAUGGAGUGAGGUCUGAAGAUGAUGCGGACCAUGUCCCGGCCGCAAUGUCUCCAGUACCAGAACCAAUUCCCCGGGCCAAUCGACCAGUUGCAGAAGUUCGAAUGAACUGGGUUCGCAAUGACCAUCGCUCACCACAAAGUGGAAACUUGUGGGGUGCUCCACACAACAAAGCACUCGGGAAUGGCACCUUCGAUCAGACUCUAGCUGGGUAUGCGCCUCAAGAUCUCUCCUCUAGGGCGUCUUCGACCGGCCAGGGAUGGAUGAAUGGAAGGACACCCACCGUGGGUCAAUCACCACAACUUGCACACGCCAACCAACAUGUUCCGGAAACACGAUCGCAGGCGUUACAAAACAUGACCUCACCAGAACCGUUACCACUUGCCAUGAAUAGUGAAAUCGAUUCGAUGCUACCAGUAAGACCGCCAGUGCCAAUCGGACCGCCAGUGCAGUACCAUUCUAGUCCGCUACAGUCUACUGCUCUAGUCAACGGAAAUGGCGCUGCACCAUCGAGUGCUGCCAUCGCGGGUUGGAACAAUUUUGGCAAUGUCGCUAGGGUACAAGAGCGCAACGAGUAUGAGCAAUACCAACGUGAGGUGGCUGCUAAAAGAGAGGAUGAAAAGCGUAAUGGAGUACGACCACAAGCAAACUAUAACUUCGACGAAACCUUUAAGCAAGUCCAACUUGGAGCACAACCCGAUCAACGACACAUUACUUCCAUCACUCAAAGCAGCAUGUCGCCUCCAAAUAUGUUUGGUGCAGUUGGGUCGAUGCCACCGUCAGUAAUUGGCUCACAAACAAAUCGCGGGUCGCGCUUUUUCCCGACUCAAGUGAAUGGAGUGCCUGCACAACAACCACGUGCUGUCACUUACACUCACAUUGAAGUUUCACGGACACCUUCACCCCCACCUGCAGAAUAUUCAGGUAGUUCUCACCCCGCCUACGAAAACUUCUCACCAAUUCCAAUAAUUCGACUUCCACCAGAAAAGGCAGUCGUCAAGCUCCCACCUGCCACACCUCCAACACCGCCCGCACCUGCCGUUACUAUUGCACCUGAAACAUCACCUCAACCCGUUAUGCCUGCUCCAACUUCCCAACCUAUGACGUGGGCUGCAAGAGUGUCAAUGCCACCACCAAAACCAGCUGCUCCUCUGAGAGCCGUCUCACAACCAAUUGUAAAGAAUCCAUCAUGGCAAGAGCGAUUUAAUGGAUUACUUGGAAACAACCACAGAAAACAAUCUGACGCAAACCAGGCCGCUCAAUUCUCAGGACAAGCUCAACCUGUCUUGGCUGUCGCUUCUGCGACUAAGGAACCAUUAGAUGUCAUGCCAACCAGGUCAGCCGCUGUUUCACUUCCUCGAAGCUCUUCAGCCACUACCACGGAUGGUUCUAAAUUCACAAGCAAGGAUGUUGAGGACGAGGAGGAUUUGUUCGAAGACCGCGAGGCAGGGUCUCUACCUAUAUUGUACUUCCCGAACGAUGCGCCUGCAAUAUCCUGGCCACGAGCUAUUCCUGGUCGAAUCGCACCAACACCACCUGAUGCUCAAAGUGCAUUUAUGUUCAUGGGGUCACCUUGGAGAGAAGAAAGAACAACAAAGCCGCAGUUUGCUAUUGUUCGAGCGCCCGGUAGCGAGAAGAGUGUGAGAAGGGAUCUUCCCAUCAAACCAACCACUACAACCAACAUCAAUCCUCGCAAUCAUCCACGACAAUCCUCUUCUGUUCGACGCGGCCAUCGAGGGGGCAGAUCUCGACCUACACCUGCAAAGGCAUAG